AUGGCAAGCGUGGUGGUGAAGACAAUCUGGCAAUCCAAAGAGAUCCACGAAGCGGGGGACCCACCUGCGGGGGUGGAGAGCCGCGCCCAGCUGGUCCCGGAAGCUCCCGGGGGGGUGACCAGCCCUGCCAAGGGGAUAACAAAGAAAAAGAAGGCCGUGUCCUUCCAUGGGGUGGAGCCCCGGAUGUCCCACGAGCCGAUGCACUGGUGCCUGAACCUCAAGCGGUCCUCAGCCUGCACCAACGUGUCCUUGCUCAACCUGGCUGCCAUGGAGCCCGACUCCUCCGGUACAGACUCGACCACAGAGGACAGCGGUACACUGGCACUGCCAGGGCCACCUGCUUCCCCUACAACACCCUGGGCUCCAGAGGACCCUGACAUCACAGAACUACUGAGUGGGGUCAACAGUGGAUUGGUACGUGCCAAAGACUCCAUCACCAGCUUGAAGGAAAAGACCACGCGGGUUAAUCAGCAUGUUCAGACACUGCAGAGCGAGUGCUCUGUGCUGAGUGAGAAUCUGGAAAGAAGGCGGCAGGAGGCAGAAGAGUUGGAGGGGUACUGCAGUCAAUUGAAGGGCCCCCGCCCUGAUGUCCUGACCCAGGAGAACUGCCGCAAGGUGACCCGUUCAGUGGAAGACGCUGAAAUCAAAACCAAUGUCCUGAAGCAGAACUCUGCCUUGUUGGAGGAGAAGCUAAGAUACCUCCAGCAGCAACUGCAGGAUGAGACGCCCCGGAGACAGGAGGCCGAGUUGCAGGAGCUGGAGCAAAAACUAGAGGCUGGCCUCUCCCGGCAUGGCCUAGGCCCUACUACUCCCAUUCAGGGCUGCUCCGGUCCUCCUGGUAGCCCGGAGGAACCCCCGCGGCCGCGAGGCCUGCCCUCCAAUGGCUGGGGCAUGGCAAUCCGCGCAGGGGAGGGACCCUCGCUGAGCGAGCAGGAGUUGCAGAAGGUCUCCAGCGGCCUAGAGGAGCUGAGGAGGGAGGUGUCCUCGCUGGCAGCUCGGUGGCAUCAGGAGGAGGGGGCGGUGCAGGAGGCCCUAAGGUUGCUGGGAGGCCUGGGCGGCCGUCUGGAUGGCUUUCUGGGCCAAUGGGAGCGGGCGCAGCGGGAACAAGCACAGUCCGCACGGGGUUUGCAGGAGCUGCGAGGACGAGCAGAUGAGCUGUGCACUAUGGUGGAGAGGUCAGCAGUGUCUGUCGCUUCACUGAGGAGCGAACUGGAGGCACUGGGCCCAGUAAAACCGAUUCUGGAGGAGCUGGGACGGCAACUUCAAAACUCCCGAAGGGGACCUGACCAUGUCUUGAACUUGGAUCGUCCUGCCCAAGGUCCCUGUCCUCGAUGUGCCAGCCAGGGGCAGCAGUUAUCCACGGAGUCCCUACAGCAGCUGCUGGAACGUGCGCUGACCCCACUGGUGGACGAAGUGAAGCAGAAGGGUCUGGCUCCUGCCUGCCCCAGUUGCCAGAGGCUACACAAGAAGAUUCUGGAGCUGGAGCGCCAGGCCUUGGCCAAACACGUCAGGGCAGAGGCCCUGAGCUCCACCCUUCGGCUGGCCCAAGACGAAGCCGUUCGGGCCAAGAACCUACUGCUGACGGACAAGAUGAAGCCGGAGGAGAAGGUGGCCACUUUGGACUAUAUGCAUUUGAAGAUGUGUUCCCUCCACGACCAACUCAGCCACCUGCCACUUGAGGGGUCCACAGGGGCAAUGGGGGGAGGAAGCACUGGAGGGGCUCCCCCUAAACGUGGGGGUCCAGGCUCUGAACAAUAAAUGGCCUCUCAU